GUGUGCGUACAGGGGGUGGCCCUGUCCUACAAGGACGUGAUCAUGGAGGAAUGGGAUACGUUCAAACAACACCAUGGUAAACAAUAUUUGCCUCACGAGGAGAACUUCCGGCUCAAAGUAUUCAUGGAGAACAAGCAUAAGAUCGCCAAACAUAACAAUCGGGCCGCCAAUGGCCUCAAGGGCUACACACUGGCCAUGAAUCAGUUUGGAGACCUACUGUCCCACGAGUUUGUGUCGCUAAUGAACGGCUUCAAGAGAUCCUAUAAACAGGACUCUGAGAACGGAUCCGCUUAUCUGUCGCCACAUAACGUGGUUAUACCGCCGGCAGUCGAUUGGCGUACAAAGGGUUACGUAACCGAAGUUAAGAAUCAGGGUCAGUGCGGGAGUUGUUGGGCCUUCUCUACCACUGGCGCUCUGGAGGGUCAACACUACCGCAAACUCGGUGUCAUGACAUCGCUGUCGGAGCAGAAUCUGGUCGACUGUUCCAAGAACUACGGCAACGACGGGUGCGAAGGGGGUCUAAUGGACAACGCUUUCACAUACAUUCGGGCCAAUCACGGCAUCGACACCGAGACCAGCUAUCCCUACGAGGCAAAGGACAAGAAGUGCCGCUUCAAACCGCGUGACAUCGGCGCCACCGACACCGGCUUUGUCGACAUACCGGCGGGCAAUGAGGAGAAACUGAAGGAAGCGGUGGCCACCGUCGGCCCCGUAUCGGUCGCCAUCGACGCCUCGCACGAGUCGUUCCAGUUCUACAGCACCGGUGUCUACGACGAGGAGGAGUGCUCGCCGGAACAGCUCGACCACGGAGUGCUGGUCGUCGGCUACGGCACCACUCCGGACACCAAAGAGGACUAUUGGAUUGUGAAGAACUCGUGGGGCGCCCAAUGGGGUGACGCCGGCUAUAUCAAGAUGUCCCGUAAUAAGAAAAACCAAUGUGGUAUCGCUUCGUCCGCCUCCUAUCCAUUGGUUUAG